UGUUGGUAUCUGAUCCAAACUCAUCUCGCGCACCGCAGCGAAUUGCGGAAUUGUGCGUCAACUACCAAUUGUGUGUGUCUCACCCAAGUCCUCCUAUCUACAGCCGAGCUGGGCCGUUUCCCGCCCUGGUCGGAAUUUUACACACAAUGGUCUAAGACGAGUGAAAAAUUACUCUCUGGAACGCCAAACUGUGGUAGAUAGAAGACGAUGAGAAGGUCGAUAGGUGUCGUCGGCUCAUCUCCUAUGGUUCUUCUUCUAAUUGUUGGGAUUUUCUUCUCAUCCUCACCGAACUCAGCGCUCGCCUCCAACUCGGCCUCCGCAUUCGUACAGAACGUCAUAUACUCCAACAGGAUCGCCGUCUUCUCCAAAUCCUACUGCCCGUAUUCACUACGUGCCAAACGCAUAUUCAAUGAACUGCAUGAGAAACCUUUUGUUGUGGAGCUUGACCUUAGAGAUGAUGGGUCUCAAAUCCAAGAUGUUCUUCUAGAUUUGGUAGGCAAGCGCACUGUACCACAGGUUUUCGUGAAUGGCAAGCAUAUUGGUGGCUCUGAUGAUCUCAAGAUAGCACUCUUGAAUGGUCAAUUGCAGAAACUUUUAGAUAGAAGUGAUUGAAGUGCUAAGAUGAAGAAAACACAUGCAUCUUUGGGGAAGCUACUUAUGGUUAAUCAGAUAAUGAAUCCUAGAGCUUGAAGGUAAAUAUUAGGACGGCUUGACACAAUGAUGCUCAAAAGUUGUCAUUUCAUAUCCACAAAAUAAAAAAUAUGAUUGGUUUUGAUGGUUCUUUCACUCUUAAAUGUUCAUGUGAAUGCACUCAAAAGCAUUAAAUGAGGCAAUUCUGAGGUGAUGCAAUGCAUGCUUUAGCAAGUUCUGAAUUUGAAAGUUUGAAUAGAGCUCUAGAUCCGUUGAUACUAUUGUUAACACUUCCUACCAAUGUCACCUUUUAAGAAUGGUCUACCUUUCAUCCUGUUUUUCACUUUGCACUUGUAGUAAACUUAAAUCAGCUUGCUUUUGUUGGUGUCUAAGCUGGAUAUGGGUCAAAAUGAAAUGUGCAAUCAAGGUGCGUUUUUGUUGGUUUACAGUAAA